UGAGAAAACAGGCGAAUUUGUGUCUGCAUUUUUACCCUUUACAUCGCUCUACUCUACUAACACGGGUCACGCACAACAACAACACAAACGAGAGAAGAAGAGAACUCGAAUGAGCCGUGGCGCGGUACUGAAUCCCAGUGGGCGAUGGGACGGGUGGGAUAGAGAGAGGGGUGGGUGGUGUUGUUGCUGCGUGUGCGCCACUGCCAGCGCAGUGCCCCUGUGUGCCGUGCGUCUCACGCAGUCCGUGCCCUGCUGCCCUCGUCUUGCAGAGCCCUCGGACGAAGAGAUCGUGAACAAGUGCGGCUUUUCUCUCCAGGCGAUCCACGAAUGCAAAAACACGAAGUGCCUCGCAGCCUCACAAUUUUGCCAGACGAGGACCGAGCAGGAAAGCGCCGAUUCAGAGUGCCAGAUGCGACUCUGUAUGGAGGCCAAGACGGAGUGCGAGGCGCCACUCAACAAGAACCUCUCUGGUGCUGAAGUGUGCGAGGGGGACGGCUUUGACCGCACCGACCUGGACUGCCUCCUUCUGCACAGGAAGUCGAUGGCGGAGCUGACCGAUUGCAAGGCUCAGGGCUACUUGAAGGUCAAGCGCGAGUGUUUCAACAGGGUGUGGUCGAACAUCGUCCGCACUCAGGCUGAAGCCCUGCUGAAGCGGCCGCAUGUCUCCGACGACCUUGUGGAAUGCGCGCUCAGCAGCUGCUUCAACAACACGGAAUGCUUCCACAACUACCACCACGAGCUCGCUCAGAACCCCGCGUCUCACCGGGUGUUCAACCUCACGCUGUGCGCAUUCGUCUCCACCGACUACCCACUUGAGUGCGACCACCGCAACUGUACCCUGGACAUCGCCGCCUGCAAGCACCUGGACACGGCGAGCAUGCCGACUGGAGCUGUGGUUGCAGUGGUGCUGGUCGUUCUGGUGGUUCCGGUGGUACUGGUUCUGUUCAUCCUCUACUUGCGAAGACGGAGGCGGGGAGCGAGCCAGGGGGGGUACAGCAGCACCAGAUCGGCCUAGGUGCAGGGCUGUGGGGAGAGAAACUCGAGGUCAAGGAGCUGCUGCUCUUCCUUCUCUCCUACGGAUUCUACCCUGAGAGCAGCUCGGGACAUUCGGUGCUUCCCCUGCACUUCCAGUGACAUCACCGAGAAACAUGGCUUCAGAAACAACCUCACCGAGCUCCACACCUUCAGAAGCAACCUCACUGAGCCCCACACCUUCAGAAGCAACCUCACUGAGCCCCACACCUUCAGAAGCAACCUCACCGAGCGCAGCACCUUCAGAAGCAACCUCACUGAGCCCAACACCUUCAGGAGGAGGCUGGAGCUGGGAUAAGUUCCCGUGGUGUUGAUGUCUCUCUGAGUCACCAUCCCAGCCACUCGCCUCGGCUGGCAGCUCGCUGUGCCUCCUCCCACUGCGGUUGAAUGUUGGUGUUGUUUAAAUUUAACUUAUUUUCAAAGUUUUGUUAUCAUUCAGUCUUUAGUUUUAGGCUCGAGUUUAACUAUUUUAGUUGUUAACUUUAGGUUAAAGCACCGGCGUAUGUUGUAUUUAUUGUCUUAAAAUUUUACAUUUUCAUAUUAUUCAGUAAGCGUUCCUCAAAUUUACUAAUUUGUAUUUAAUAAGAAGUCUGAGUUAGAAUGUUGCCAUCCUCACACGACAGCACUCAUUGCUGUUGGUAUUACUGAGCCAGUGUUGUAAAUUCCACAGUAACAGGUCAUGGAACACUUUCUCAAUAUCACAACCGCGACUGACUUCCUACAAACCAAUUGUACAAACCCCAAUGGGAAUAUAGUUUCGUUCAGUUCCUGCCCGAUCAGGAUUUCAACUUGCGACCCGUCAUGGUGAGUUGAACUCUCAAACCAUGAUGCCAUCGGAUGCCUCCAUGUCUGACAUCGGAACCAUCAUCACCACCGGUCCCUUAACCGUGGCACUGUGGGGGCUCCAGUGAUGCUUUGGCGUUCAACUCUCUCCACCUCUCGCGGUCAACUUCUGUGACUGACCACCUAAGGGUCAUGUCACCUCCACGCGAAGUUAUUCACCCGAACAAUGGGCAGUGCGUGGCAGUCGUUGGAAGCACCGCAUCUCUAAAAUGAUUCCAAGACUCAGCUAUAGAAUGUAGAUUUUUACCGUUCAUGCAAUGGACAACAGUAAUAUCUAAAUCAUUAUAUCAACAGAAUUAUGUUUCAAAUACAAUUACAAGCAAACUGAGGCCAUUGUGGUAAUGUGAGCCGGCACAGGAAGCAGCAGGAUCUGAUUGUAAAAUUAGAUCUCAAUUCACCACACGUGGCAUCUCGUGGCACAAGGCUCAUUGUCUCAGACCAUUGCACUUCUGAUUAAAUACUUCUUGAUUUAAAGCUUUCGUGACUGCAGUAAUUCAUAUUCUUAGUUCUUUCGGUAAAGUCACGUUGAAGGGAAACAAUAAAAUAAUAAUAUAUAUAA